AUGGACGGCCCUCUCGCUGCCACCGUCGCCGAUGGCGGCCAUCCAUUCUACCCCCUCGGCGUUUCCAUCCCGGGAUACGCGGCGAACACGAUGAGCGCCCUCGUGCUGGUGCUCAUUUUCGCCGCCGGCUGCGGUGCCAUCUUCGUGCCAACUUGGCUCGUCGCCUCGCGUGCCAGACGGGACAUUUCCCGCUGCGAGCUUCUCGUCACCUUUUGGUUCGUCCUCUGUGGCUUCAUCCACCUGUUCUUUGAGGAUGCCAUGAUCCGGUACUUUUCCUACCACCACCUCGACAUGGCGAGCAAGAUGGACCUCUUCGGCCAGCUCUGGAAGGAGUACUCCCUCUCGGACUCUCGCUACAUGACGCGGGACCCCUUCGUCGUAUGCAUGGAAACCAUCACCGCCGUCUUCUGGGGGCCCUUGUCCUUCUUCUGCGCCUACGCCGUCGUCGCCCGCCACCCGCUGCGACACCCCGUCCAGCUCAUCGUCAGCCUCGGCCAGCUGUACGGCGACGUCCUCUACUACGCCAUCUGCCUCUUCAACGAGCACGUCUACGGCAUCGCCUACUCGCGGCCCGAGCGCUUCUACUACUGGGCCUACUUCGUCCUGUGCAACGCCUUCUGGAUCGCCAUCCCGCUGCUGCUCAUGGCCCAGAGCCUGAGGGAGUCGGCCGCCGCGUUUGCGAGGGGGCCCAGGGCCAACGGGUCGGUCAAGAAGAGCCAAUGA